AAAACGUCCCUCCUAUAAAAGAUAAACUCGAUGCCCUUAUAGAUUUUGCGCUUUGUGUACGCAACGUGUACUCUACGAUGGAAUCCUGUCACAUGGACGCGUAUAUGAAUAAUCCCAUGCUAGUAAAAGAGUUGGUGGAUAAAUUUCCCAGCAAUCACAAGCUUGCUUGGGCUAUGCAACCAAAAUCACGACGCGAACCCAUAGUGAAAGUGUUUAGUGAUUGGCUUUAUGCGCUCGCCAAAGCGGCUAGUCAGGUAGUCGGCUUUACCAGCCCGAAAAAAAGCGGGAUAGUAAACACGCACGUACAGUCUUCUGGGGCACAACGAAAUGCGAGCUGUGCUCACUGCAAGGCUGACGGACAUCGAGUUGCACAAUGCGAGGAGUUUAAAAAGCUGAGUCCAGACCGCAAAUGGGAGGUUGUCCGUAGCUUAAAGCUAUGUCGCCAAUGCCUGAACGCUCAUCGUCGGCGUUGCUUCGUAACAAGGACUUGCGGCUUAGACCGCUGUAACGCCAAACACCAUCCCCUUCUGCACGGGAACACUACUUCGUCCGCACGAAAUACUCAAGAAAACUCUACUGCGGUCGCCACUGGUAGCGUGAAUUCACACAACGACCCAAGGGAAAACGCCUCUUCCUACUUUCGCAUUCUACCGGUUCGUAUAUAUGGUAACAAUAACUAUAUUGACACUUUUGCCUUUCUAGACGAAGGUUCGUCGGUAACCCUCAUGGAAGAAGAAAUAUUUCAGCAACUGAACAUAGCAGGAGUGCCUGAUCCAUUAUGUCUUCGUUGGACGGGCGACAAUACCCGUAACGAAGAGUCAUCCGUUAGAACGUCACUCAACAUUAGUGGCAGAUAUAACGGCAAAGUGUUCAACAUUAUGGGAGUUCACACCGUGAACCACGCCACGCCGCGUCACGUCGCCACGGAUUAUCCAUAUAUGAAAGGCCUUCCCUUCCCAUUAAGUCCUACUUCAACGCGAAGCCAACAAUACUCAUUGGCUCCGAUAAUUGGCAACUGGCCGUANGUGGACGACUUUAUUUAUAGUGAGAACACCGAACAGGACGCCAUAGAAAUUGGGAAAGCAGUGAAGCAUAUACAUGCCUCAGCUGUGUUUAUUAUCCGCAAUUGGCCAUCAAACUCCGCUGCAGUUCUCGAGGAAAUGGACGGAGGCCGCGCUAGGGCCCAGGCACCAUUAGAGUUGAAUUCAAGCGAAANCGCUGUAACGCCAAACACCAUCCCCUUCUGCACGGGAACAGUACUUCGUCCGCACGAAAUACUCAAGAAAACUCUACUGCGGUCGCCACUGGUAGCGUGA